CCACAGACUUUUUGGAGAUGCCGGACCAAAACAACCGUCUCCAGAACUCAGUUCCGUGAAAUCAAAGGCCUGAUCUAUAAAUUAACUCUCCUAAGUGUUCUGUUUUCCCAUCGCUUCUGAGCUCUGUUCCUUUUCUCCACAACCAGAAAGAAAUGGCAAUCUUUAUGUCUUUCCUCUGCCUUCUCCUCCUUACCCUCGUGUCAUUAAUCUUAGUAAAAAAGGGAAAAACUCCAAAAAGGAACCUUCCUCCGAGCCCUAGGAAGCUUCCGGUCAUCGGAAACCUGCACCAGUUGAAAGGAAAGCCUCACAGGUACUUUCAUCAGCUCUCCAAGAAAUUCGGACCCGUUAUGCUUUUUCGGUUCGGGUUUACACCGGUGGUCGUAAUAUCAUCGAGAGAGGCAGCUGAACAAGUGCUUAAAACCCAUGAUCUGGUUUGCUGCAGCAGACCCAUGACAGUGGGGAUCAACAAAUUCACACGUCAAGGUAAAGUUAUAAGUUUUGCCCCAUAUGGUGAAGAAUGGAGAGAGUUGCGUAAGAUUGCUGUUCUUGAGUUUUUCAGCCCGAAAAAGGUGAGAUCUUUCAGGCAUAUCAGAGAGGAAGAGAAUAACUUGUUGGUCAAGAAACUUUCUGAAUCGGCUUUGAAGCAAUCUCCCGUGGAUUUGAGCAUAACCCUUUUCCGGCUUGCUGCCGGUAUCAUACUGAGAGUGGCCUUCGGACAGAACAUUCUCGAAAGCAAGCUCAUCGAUAAGGACAAGAUCGGGCAAAUCAUGGAGGAGGCACAAGAUGUCCAAGCGUCCAGUUUCUCAGAUUUCUUCCCCGGUUUCGGAUGGUUAGUCGAUUGGUUCUCCGGGAAAUACAAGAAACUCGACAAGGUUUGCAAGGAGUUCGACAAUUUCUUCCAGGAAGUGAUCGAUGAUCAUCUGAAACAUGGAAGAACAGAUCAAGAUCAUCCAGAUUUCGUUGACGCGGUGCUGAAAAUCAUGGAAGAACAAGGUGAAGACGAGUAUUUCAGGCUCAACACAGAUCAUAUCAAAGGAAUCUUCUCGGACAUAGUUGUUGGAGGAAUUGACACGAGCGCCAUCACCAUGACUUGGGCGAUGACAGAACUCGCUAGGAACCCUAGAGCGAUGAGGAAAGCCCAGGAAGAGAUCAGAAACUGCAUCGGAAAGAAGGAAACGAUCACAGAAGAUGACCUCGAUCGAAUUCACUACUUGAAGCUUGUAAUCAAAGAAACCCUAAGAUUGCAUCCUGCAGCUCCGCUUCUACUCCCAAGACUAACAACGGGUCCUGUCCAGAUUCAAGGUUACGACAUUCCCCCAAGAACAUGGCUUCAGGUCAACGCUUACGCCAUAGCGAGAGAUCCCGAAAACUGGGAAAACCCAGAUGAGUUUAUCCCCGAGAGAUUCAUCGACAGACCGGCGGAUUACAGGGGGCAGCAUUUCGAGCUGUUACCGUUUGGAUCUGGUCGGAGGACAUGCCCAGGGAUAUCAAUGGCGAUCGCGACAGUUGAAUUGGCACUGUUGAACUUGCUCUACUUCUUCGACUGGGAACUGCCAGAUUGGAUGACUGAGAAAGACAUCGACAUAGAAGAAACCGGUAAACUCACCACUGGCAAGAAAGAACCUCUUAAGCUUGUCCCCGUUCGGCAUGUCUAACCGGAACAAGACAACGAACGAGGUUCAGAGCUGUUUCAGUGUAAUCAGUUUCAAAUAACUCCUUUCAUGUGAGGAUGUCUCUGUAGUAUGACUGAAAGGGUAUGGAAUAUAAUCAUCUGUAAAGCUUAAAUGCAUAUCUCAGAUGAUUUUGAAUAUUUUCGUAAUAUGUAUGAUUAUUUAAUA